AAGUUUUCAAGUGUCCAAAAAGUAUAGCGGAUCGCGCGGAGCCCCUUCUUUACUCGCAACGCCUGACAUCCCGGGUGUGGGUUGCUUUUCUUCUUUACUUUCUCUUUAUUGUCAACGCGAUUUAGACCGCACAACCGCCCUGAUGAAGAGGCUGCAGCUCCAACGAUGGAGCACCUCGGCCCUAUCGUCGCGCGCCAGGACUUGUGGCCGGUUACAGCCACAACUCUUCUCGAGCAAGCGGUUCCAGUCAACAGGUUCGGCGCCUUUACAAUCUACAAGUGAACAAAUAGCCGAAGAACAAUCGAUUCCUCCUACUACUACUCGCAAAACGCCCACUAUUCCACAAAAUAAACUUCCUUCACCAAGAGUCGUGGUCGCACGUCGGUCUGCAAAACUUGCAGCACUCCAUGCACGACUUUACCUUCCUUCGCGAUUACCGCUCGAAACAAUAGCACGAUGCUUAGUUGAUCCCUCCGCAGACCCGAAUCCUCAGUUCAAUAAUGCAUCGCUCGCCGUCCUCGGCCACGACCUCCUGACCAAUUAUGCCUCGGAACACCUCAUUUGCACAUAUCCACGGCUACCUGUGACGGUUAUCUGGGCGGCAUUGUUUGCUUACGUCGGCCCAAAAACACUCACUGCAAUGGCCAGAGAAUGGGGUGUGGAAGCUGCUGCCGAACCGGGUGGUGAGGUAAACCCCGGACUCCUCCAGUUUACGAGAGUUCAGCCGGGGACCGAUGUAAAGGCAGAGCGUAUUUUCGGCUCAACACGAACCUACGAAGACCAGAAGCAUUGGCGGAAAUCAGUUUCUUCGAGCGUUGUCUACGACAAUGAAUUCGGGGACCCCGAUACCGCGGGCGUACUGCCUUCAGAACCACAAACAUCGCAAGAAUCCAAAGGAGUAACCCUUGAACACGCCAGCACUUCUUUCGUACGGGCCGUUAUGGGCGCAGUCUAUCUCCAUGCUGGCAGAGCAGCUGCGAAGCGUUUCUUUGAACAGCACAUUAUCUCUCGACACCUCGACGUUUCCAACCUGUUCAACUUCUCCGAGGCGACGCGCGACCUAGCCCGACUCUGUGCGCGUGAAAACUACGAGGCACCCAUCGCCAAGAUUAUCAGCGAAACCGGCCGCAGGAGCAGACACCCCGUCUUUGUUGUUGGCAUUUACUCCGGUAAAGAUAAAUUGGGCGAGGGCGCAGGCGCCAGCCUAGUUGAGGCUCGGACAAGGGCUGCCGUUGCAUCCCUUAAGGCGUGGUACCUUUACAGCCCGUUGGAAGUGCGCGUACCGAGUUCGAUGGAGGAAGAAGGCGCUGCUCCUUGGAAGCCGGUUUAUGUGGAUUUGGGUGAGGUUGUUGCAUAAAAAACCAAGCGGUAGAGAGCCGCUCUCCCCUUCUGCACGGUGUAUUGUCUACAGUCGAUGGGACAGGAGCCUGUGUGCAAUAUGUUUUACCAAAUUAUUAAAGAUCGGACCUUGUACAGUAUGGGAAUUUAUUAUAUUAUUUUGGUGUUGUUUUUGCAUAUCCGUUACCCUUGGCUUCACUGUUACUUAUGGUUUACAGUUGAAACAGUCGUUGGGACAAAGCCUAGCGGGGCAGUGUUCUAGAGAUUUAUGGUACAUAGAUAGUUGUAUUGAAUCAACGCUUGCU